AUGGGUUCAGAAACGGAUCCAAGGAUGGAUGCGGGGCUGCCGGUGAUUAACUUCAGCGGCGACGAUGUGAAGGCGGAGGGCGGCGAGGGGUGGAGGAGGAGGAGCGGAGAAGUCCGAGAAGCCCUGGAAGAGUACGGGUGUUUUAUCGCAGAGUACGAGGGGAUUAGCCCUGAGCUACGCGUCGAGGUUUUCAAGGCCGUGGAAGCACUUUUUGAUCUUCCAAUUGAAACCAAGAAGAAGAACAGAUACGAAAAGCCCUUUAAUGGGUAUGUCGGGGAGCUUCGUACUCUCCCUCUGCAUGAAAGCUUGGGCAUUGACGACGCCACAAACAUCCAUGGCGUUCAGGCCUUCACUCACCUCAUGUGGCCCAAUGGAAACCACCAUUUUAGUUCGAAUUUGCAUUCGUUUGCUAAGAAAGCUGAAGAAUUGGAUCAAAUGGUGACGAAAAUGAUAUUUGAAAGCUAUGGAGUUGAGAAGUAUCAUGAGACUCAUGCUGCUUCCAUUACUUAUCUUCUUAGAGCUUUGAAGAACAAAACUCCUCACUCUCAAAACCCUACUUUGUGCCUUGUGGAUCACACUGAUAAGAGCUUCACCACCAUGGUCUAUCAAGAUCAUACCAAUGGCUUGGAGGUCCAGACUAAAGAUGGCCGGUGGAUUCAGGUCGAUAACUCCUCACCCUCGACCUUCGUCGUCAUUGCCGGGGAUGCAUUCAAGGCUUGGAGCAAUGACAGAAUAGAGUCACCAACUCACAAAGUGACAAUAAGAGGGAACGAAGAUAGGUACUCUCUUGCAAUGUUUGGAUUCAGCAAUGGAAUUGUGGAAGUGCCCAAAGAGCUCAUAGACCAAACCCAUCCUUUGAGAUAUAAACCCUUUGAUCAUAUUGGAUUGCUUCAUUUCUUCCGUUCAAAAGAGGGUUUCAAAUCCAAAUCUCCACUCCAAGACUACUGUGCUCUCUAAAUCAACGAACACCUAUCAUGUUUGUGUAUGAUUAUAGUUCUAAGUUUCAAUGUGUUCAUGAGCUUUUGCUUUGUUUGUGUGCUUUUAGGUUAAGAAAGAAUGUAUGAACUCUAAUAAACUUCGUGUGUUCGCUCUUCUUAAUAUAUAAACAUAGUUUCCGAUUCGUAGUUUCAAAUU